AUGACAAAGUCAUUCCAGAUCAAAGUACCUGCAUCGUCAGCAAACAUUGGACCAGGCUUUGAUGUUCUUGGUGUAGGGUUGCAACUAUACUUGACCAUAAAAGUAACUAUUAACCCAUCCAUUGACACCUCAUCAGAUCCACAUAAUGCCAAAAUCACAUAUGAAGGGAACUUGGCCGAAAAAGUACCCUUACAAUCAGAUAAAAACUUGAUUACUCAAACUGCAUUGUAUUUACUUAGGUGCAAUGGUGUAGCCAAAUUCCCACCCGGAACUCAUAUUCAUGUAAAUAAUCCAAUACCGUUGGGAAGAGGUUUGGGGUCGAGUGCUAGUGCUAUAGUUGGAGGUAUAUAUUUAGGUAAUGUCAUUGGUGGAUUCAAUUUCGACAAGACUAGAAUGUUGGAUUACUGUCUAAUGAUUGAAAGACAUCCUGAUAAUAUUGCUGCUGCCAUGUUGGGAGGAUUUAUUGGGUCCUAUCUCAAUGAGUUGGGACAAGAUGAAGCCGAUCAAGUAUCUGUACCCUUGGAUUAUAUUUUACCUACACCGCAAACUCCCCCCGAAUCAAUUGUAUCACAGCCACCACCAACUAAUAUUGGUGAAUACUUGCAAUACAAUUGGAAUAAAAAGAUUAAAUGCGUCGUCAUUGUUCCCAACUUUGAAGUCAGUACCGAUAAAUCGCGCUCAGUGCUACCCCAAUCAUACACUAGACCCGAUAUAGUAUACAAUUUACAGAGAAUAGCCAUAUUGACUUCAGCGUUAACCCAAGAUCCACCUAAUCACAAAUUAAUUUACCAAUCGAUGAAGGAUAAAAUUCAUCAGCCUUACAGAACAGUCUUGAUUCCUGGCUUGAAUCAAGUAUUGGAAGAAGUUGUCCCGGCAAAGCAUUCAGGAUUAUGUGGCAUCUGUCUUAGUGGUGCUGGUCCUACUAUUUUAUGUUUGGCUACUGAAGGGUUUGAAGAAAUUGCCAAAGAUGUAAUUGAUAUUUUUUCUAAAGAAGGCAUUCAUUGUGAUUGGAAGAUCCUCGAUUUAGCAUACGAUGGGGCAACUCUAGAACACUAUUGA